UCAGACUUAGGGUGUGGCACCUGUUUUGACUGAAAAAUGGAUCUUGAAAUCAACUGCAGUCAUCCUUCCUACGCGGAGCGCGUGAUCCACCCCGUCGGUGCCGAGAGCGUGCACUUGACGUUCGCCAUCAUUGGCUUAGUAGGUAACGGCCUAGUCUUCAUCGUUUUCAUCCGUAUUCCAAGACUCCGGAUGAAAACCACUAACAUAUUCUUGUUCAACUUGGCCAUCGCUGACUUCUGCAGUUCGGUCUUCAUGGCAUCCCGACCGUACGUCUUCAAACUCGACCCGGAGAGUUUGGCAUGGAAGGAGUUCGUGUGUCGCUUCUUCAAGUCGGACUUUCCACUCUGGACCUGCGUGACGGCUUCCAUCUACAACCUGCUCCUGGUGACUGUCGACAGGUACCUCUGUGUCGUCAAACCGUUCCUCUACCGUCGUUACUUCACCGUGACCAGGAUUAGACUCAUGGUGAUGCUGUGCUGGCUCUUCUCCGCUAUCUUGGAAACGUAUUGCUUCUACAGCACCCGCGUGAACGACUGCGGCUCCUGCGAACUCUACUGGCCCUCCCAAGCCCUCCAGAUUGUCUGCACCAUCGCGACAUUCCUGUUAACUUACCUCCUCCCCACUUUAGUCAUGCUCUUCGCCUACGGUAACAUUGUAAAGACCUUAAAGAAGAGGGAGGAAGCUCUUCAGAAUCACCACCAACCCGUUGCGGCCGGAAACUUGCUCAGAGCUCGCCGGAACAUCGUAAGAAUGCUCCAGGUGCUGGUCUUGCUGUUCGGCGUCCUCUGGGCUCCUAAUCAACUUCUUUUUCUCUAUCUCAGUUUUCCCGGAACCAGCGUCAACCUCACCCAGCUCGGCUUCUCCAUCAUUCUGGCCGUCGGUUUCAUCAACUGUGUGGUCAAUCCCAUCGUGUACUCCUUCAAGAAUCCUCAGUUUAAGAAAGCGCUUUUAACCGUCAUCUGUUGCCGCCUUGGGCCUAGUAUCGCACCCAGCGAACUCAACGUUAGCGACUUGAUUUUGGACGGUGGUGGCUCACGCUCUGCACCGUCGAUCAAACCAAGCACCGGGAUGGUUCAAAUCCAGCCCUCACACCACGAAGAACGAGACAAUAUCCAAGACCAGAUCGAACCAAAAACCCAACCACGAAAUACUGACCAAACCUCUGACAUUCUACAGGAGUGAACGAUGGACAGAAAACGACCAAAAUGGGCCGCAACACCUCCAAAAUACUAUCUACUAAGCAAGGUUUACUUGCAACCCUUGUACUUCAUUAUACUUUUUAUCAUGA